GGUAGGAAUUUUCUUUACUUUUAAACAAAGCUUAUUGAGUACAGUGCACCACAGAAGGGAAGACUGCUUUUGCACUGAAUCGUGGUGCUUUUAUAGCUAGACAUGUCUAUGGGUGUAACCAAUAGAAAGGCAACACAGUGCAGAUCAUGCUUUGAUAAGACUGGACAAUCUUUUGCAACACUUGACAACAUAAAGCAUUAAAGAAUCUCCCCCAAUCUAUACUCUUUUUCAUAAAAAUACAAGAACUGUUUACAAGAUUUGUAUGCCACAUUCCAUUAAAAUUUUGAUUGUUUUACUGUUUACACCGUAAAACAAUUUCUUAAAUAAUAGAUUGUAAAUGCAUGUAGACUGUAUGCAACUGAUCAGUUUUUUUUUUUUUUUCAGGGAUCUGAGUAAGCCUUGUGUUAAAAGGAAGUACUCUAGUAAAUGGAGGAUUUGUUCUGACAAAAGAAGUUCUUCAUCAGAAGAUUCAGGCUGUUGCAACACUUCUGCCACCCAAACAGGCAGGAAGCUACAGGAUGACAAAAGCUGCGAUCUAAUGCCCGAUGGAGCUUAUGAGCUGAUGCAAUGUUCUGAAGCACCCAAAGAAGAUGAAAUAGUUUGGUGUGCAAGUGAUGAUGAAGAGUUGCCUGGCAUUGUUUUCUAUGAGAGAGCAGAGAGUGAAGAUACUGAUUCUGUAGCAAAGGUUCUGACAAAGCAUCCAAUGACAAAAGCUUGUCAAGGAGAAGCAUUAACAAACGAGACAUUAAACAGCAUCAAGCCCUCUGGAGAGCUGAUAAGUGAUUUUCAGUCAGAUCAUGAGAGUUCACAGGAGUCCCUCUCAGCAGAUAUAUCAACGCCCACACCCACACCAGUCAGUCCUGUGGUUGUCAGGACUCCCAAGACUGCGAGCGAAUGGCUAAAACAAGUUCAACAGAAAUCACCUCAGAAGAGUGAGCAAGAGCUAUCUCCUGAAGGAAAGGGUGUCAGCAUGAACUGUGAUUCUGCCAAAAAGAAAAGAAAGUUCCUCAGGUCUGGCCUAGCAGAACAACUGCAGCAUGUCAUUUCAAGAGAUAAGUCAGAAAAGGCAUUUUGGAAUCACAGAUUAACAGACACAGAAACGAAGCAGGCAGGUAAGUACACUGAUCAGUCUAUGUUACUCUGUACUUAA